AUGUCAAAACCAAUCUUUACUUCACCUACAAUCAUUCGUCGUGAUAUCAAUAACGAUAUUGUAUCUCCAUCAUCACCAACAAAUAAACAAAUGUCACUGUUAACCUCUGCAAUGAACUCGCCAGAUAACGCUGCCACUCUUUCAUUCCCAAAGGAAAAGAUCAAGGUAUUGCUCCUUGAGAACAUUCAUAGUGUUGCAAUUCAAAAUUUUAAAGAUCAAGGUUUCAAUGUUGAAUCAUUAAGUUCUGCAUUAUCAGAGGAUCAACUCAUUGAAAAGAUUAAAGAUGUACAUGUUUUGGGUCUGAGAAGUAAGACUAAAGUAACAGCAAAGGUAUUGGCCGAAGCCAAACGUCUGAUGGCAAUUGGAUGUUUUUGUAUUGGUACAGAUCAAGUUGAUUUGCCAUUUGCUGAAUCAAGAGGUGUUCCAGUUUUUAAUUCACCAUUCUGUAAUUCAAGAAGUGUUGAAAAAAAAUCAGCUGAAUUGAUGAUUGCAGAAAUUAUUGUAUUAUCUAGAAAGAUCGGUGAUAGAAGCAGAGAGAUGCAUAAUAAGGUUUGGCGAAAGGAAUCAAAGAAUUGUCAUGAGAUCAGAGGUAAAGUUCUUGGUAUCAUUGGAUAUGGUCACAUCGGUUCACAACUCUCCGUUCUGGCAGAGGCUAUGGGUAUGAAUGUAGUCUACUACGACACCGCCCGUAAGUUGCCUCUCGGUAACUCCAAGGCAUGUCCAGACAUGAAGUCACUCUUGGAGAUGUCCAACUAUGUCACUCUCCACGUUCCAGAUACCGAGCAGACCCGUAACAUGAUUGGAAAAGACGAGCUCGCCAUGAUGCGUUCCGACGCCUACCUGCUGAAUGCUUCGCGUGGAAAGGUUGUCGAUAUUGCCGCGCUUGCCGACGCACUCAAGGGAGGACGUUUGGCCGGUGCCGCCGUCGAUGUCUACCCAUCGGAACCGGAAGCAAAUUGCAACGAUUGGGAGAACGUUCUUCAAGGUUGUCCAAACACCAUCCUCACUCCACACAUCGGUGGAUCCACCGAGGAAGCACAAGAAGCCAUCGGAAGCGAAGUCUCAGAGUUGAUCACCUGUUUCAUCAACACCGGUGGUUCCGAAGGAUCCGUCAACUUCCCAGAGAUCUCUAUCCCAGUCUCUGAGGAAACUCACCGUAUUCUCAAUAUCCAUCAUAACAAGCCGGGUGUUUUGCGUGAUAUCAAUCUUAUCCUUUCAGAGUUCAACGUUUCCAGUCAGAUUCUCUCCACUCGUAAGCAAAUCGGUUAUAUCAUUGCCGAUGUCGAUAAAGAAGCAUCCAAAGAAAUCAAGAGAAAGAUCUCUGCCUUGCCACACUCCAUCAAGACCAGAGUACUUUAUUAA